AAGUAAUCUGAUUGCUAUUCUCUACAAUACUGAUCAGCUUGAUUUGUUACUGGAGAAGAAUAGUUUCCUGUUCUUACACACCAAAUACUGUCCAAAACGAGGAGUCAUUUUCCAUUUAGAAGCCCUGUGAUGUCGAAGUCCAAACUCCCUUCAACAUGCUACAGAGCAAAAAAACUUCAUUUGUUGGCAAAGUUAAGUGGCACCAAACAACAAACCUUCUAGUUAAAUAUAUAUAUUUUAUCAAACCCUUCCUCUCAACUUCCCUCCUUCAGUGCCAAGCCAAAGUACUCCAAAGCCUCUUCUAAGUCCCAUGUCUCUUUCUCCUUAACAACCCUCUUCGAUCUUUCUCAUGUAUAUUAAAACAUUCAAAAAACAAGUCUAAACACACACACACACACACACACAUGUCUAGCCCAAUUGCUAAGCAAGUUUAAUUAGGUGACUGAUAGAAACCUCCUUAAAUUAACUCCUACCAAAUCCUUCCUCUUACAGCCGAGUUCUUGCAAUUCUACUCAUCAGUUCUUCUUUGAGUGCGACUGCCAAAUGAUGAAAUAACCAACCAAGAAAAGACAACAAGAAACUGCUCUACUUUUGGGGUUGAUAUUGCUUCUUGUUUCUUGGUUUUGCUGUAUUUUAGGUGUUUGGUUUGAAAUAAAAUGCAGCUUCAUAUAUCACCAAGUUUGAGGCAUGUAACAGUUCUUCCAGGAAAUGGUGUUAGAGAAUUUAUCAAAGUGAAGGUUAGAGCAAGAAGGGUUUCGUAUCGAAUGCUCUUCUACUCUCUCUUGUUCUUCACAUUUCUUCUUCGGUUUGUGUUCCUUUUGUCCACCGCUGACACCAUUGAUGCAGAAACCAAGUGCUCUACACUAGGUUGCCUGGGGAAAAGACUAGGACCAAGAAUAUUGGGGAGAAGGCUUGAUUCUGCUGUACCAGAGGUGAUGUAUCAAGUACUAGAACAACCACUUGACAACGAUGAAUUAAAGGGAAGAGAUGAUAUUCCUCAGACAUUGGAGGAAUUUAUGGAUGAAGUGAAAAACAGCAUAUUUGAUGCAAAAGCUUUUGCUCUCAAGCUCAGAGAAAUGGUCACUCUACUUGAACAGAGGACUAGAAAUGCCAAAAUUCAAGAAUAUCUGUACAGGCAUGUCGCGUCAAGUAGCAUACCUAAACAGCUCCUUUGCCUUGCCUUGAGGUUAGCCCAUGAACACUCAACCAAUGCAGCUGCUCGACGCCAGCUCCCAUUGCCGGAACUCGUCCCUGCGCUUGUCGACAAUUCUUAUUUUCACUUUGUCCUAGCUUCAGACAAUGUGCUAGCUGCUUCUGUAGUCGCCAAUUCACUUUUCCAAAAUGCUUUGCGCCCCGAAAAGUUUGUUCUGCACAUAAUAACAGACAGGAAAACGUAUUCGCCUAUGCAAGCAUGGUUCUCAUUGCACCCUCUAUCUCCUGCAAUAAUUGAGGUCAAGGCAUUGCAUCAUUUUGAUUGGUUCGCAAAGGGGAAAGUCCCAGUUUUAGAAGCAAUGGAAAAGGAUCUAAGGGUGAGGUCACGGUUUAGAGGGGGCUCGUCUGCAAUCGUGGAAAGUAACACCGAUAAACCUCAUAUUAUCGCAGCAAAGCUGCAAACACUUGGUCCCAAAUACAAUUCAGUGAUGAAUCACAUUCGAAUUCAUCUACCUGAGUUGUUCCCAAGUCUAAACAAGGUUGUGUUCCUAGACGAUGACAUCGUGGUGCAGACCGAUCUUUCGCCUCUUUGGGACAUUGACAUGAAUGGAAAGGUUAAUGGGGCAGUAGAAACCUGUCGAGGACAAGACAAGUUUGUCAUGUCGAAGCGGUUAAAGAACUAUUUGAACUUCUCUCAUCCUUUGAUAGCAAAAAAUUUCAACCCGAACGAAUGUGCUUGGGCUUAUGGCAUGAAUAUCUUCGAUUUAGAAGCUUGGAGGAAAACCAACAUAAGCAUAACAUAUCAUCACUGGGUUGAAGAGAACUUGAAAUCAGGCCUGAGUUUGUGGCAGCUAGGAACAUUACCACCAGGUCUAAUAGCAUUCCAUGGUCACGUCCAUGUUAUCGAUCCCUUUUGGCAUAUGUUGGGGCUAGGCUACCAAGAAAAUACUAGUUUGGCCGAUGCUGAGACUGCCGGCGUCAUCCAUUUCAAUGGUCGAGCAAAGCCUUGGCUAGAUAUAGCAUUCCCUCAACUCCGGCCCCUGUGGGCCAAGUACAUCAACUCUUCUGACAAGUUCAUUACGGGCUGUCAUAUUAGGACAUGAUAAAUUGAAUUUUGAGAGGAUAACGUUGACCGCAAUGGUGGUUAAUAUAUGUCUAUCUAUGAGGAGGCAAAAAAGGAAAGAGGAGAGAAUUCUUCACAAAUUCAAGGUCUUGACUUCAGAAUGUAAAGAUCUAUACAACCACAGGCAUUUGUUUGAUUGAUUUUUUUAGAACUCUUCCUCUGUGGGUGAAAA